GUUAAAACUCGUAGCUGCCCGUUAUCUGCUCAUGUUGUCUCCACCGGGUGGAGUUUGGCAACAGCCCGCAAGACAAAGACGAGUGAUGGACCGGCGAAAGCGAACGGAACCGGCGUGGUCCACCAUACACUGAAGGCCUGUGUGAGACCGAGAAACAGAGCCCUGAUCUUCACCAGACAACAGAACCACCUGCUGUGACCAGUUGUUUUUGUUUCAUUGUUUACAUCUUUCACCAGUUGGAGGCUUUGCUCAAAUAGCAAAGGACAUCUGCUGCCAGGACUAUUAUUUCACAGCAGCUGCUCUAAAGGCCUAACUUUCCCCCUUCCUGCGAUGUAAAUUCAUCUGGGGAAACUGAAACUGAGGCACAGAGAAAAUAAUGAGAUUGGCUGAAAUUGCCCAACAGGGCAACAACAUCAAAAUGUUCACUUGCGUAAGUGUUUACUUUUUGUUCAGUGUUAAACGGAGCUCCAUCCCCAAGUCGUCUUCAUGAAGACCUUUUUCUGACAGAGAUAAGGGCCAGUUAGGGCCAGGAGGUGAAGGCUGUUCCUCUGCUAUCUGCUCUGGCCUGUGACUUCUACUGUUGAAUAGAUUUCAUCGCCCUCCUUGUAGCAAGAUGGAGCUUUUUUUCAACCCCUUUGACAACUUGUUGUGCAUCCUCCUGGGUAUCUCCUUCACCGUUUGGUUUACUCUACUGCUGGUCUUCAUUAUUGUGCCUGCCAUCUUUGGGGUGUCCUUUGGCAUCCGACGGCUCUACAUGAAAACCUUGUUGAAGGUCUUUGAGUGGGCGACAUUAAGGAUAGAGAGAGGAGCAAAAGAAAAGAAUCACCACUUGUACAAACCCUACUCAAAUGCCAUCAUUGCCAAGGAGCCCACCUCGUUGGAGGAGGAGAUUAAGGAGAUCCGACGCAGCGGUAGCAACAAAGACCUGGACUCAGCUCCUGAGUUUGAGAUGUCUGAUAUCUUCUAUUUUGCACGGCGAGGAGUGGAGAGCAUUAUGGACGAUGAGGUCACCAAGCGGUUCUCCGCAGAGGAGUUGGAGUCCUGGAAUCUGCUGACCCGCAGCAACUACAACUUUCACUACAUCAGUCUGAGGUUAACGGUCCUAUGGGGGCUGGGCCUGCUGAUCCGCUAUGGCUUCCUGCUGCCUCUCAGGGUAACUCUUGCCUUCACGGGUGUAGGCCUCCUCGUGUUCCUCACCUCAGUCAUUGGGUUGCUGCCAAAUGGAAGGAUGAAAAAUUUCCUGAGUGAGAAAGUUCAUUUGAUGUGCUACAGAAUAUGUGUCAGAGCUUUGACUGCCAUCAUAACCUACCAUGACAGUGAGAAUAAACCUAAGAAUGGUGGACUAUGUGUUGCCAACCACACUUCUCCCAUCGAUGUCAUCAUCCUGGCCAGCGAUGGCUGCUAUGCUAUGGUUGGACAGAUUCACGGUGGCCUGAUGGGGGUCAUUCAGAAAUCCAUGGUAAAGGCCUGCCCACACAUUUGGUUCGAACGCUCAGAGGUCAAAGACAGACAUCUAGUGGCCAAAAGAUUGAGUGAUCAUGUAGAAGACAAAUCUAAACUGCCCAUCCUCAUUUUCCCAGAAGGUACCUGCAUUAACAACACAUCAGUCAUGAUGUUUAAGAAGGGCAGUUUUGAGAUUGGUGCCACAGUCUACCCUGUGGCUAUUAAGUAUGAUCCCCGAUUUGGAGAUGCCUUCUGGAAUAGCAGCAAGUUUGGAAUGGUCAACUACUUGUUGCGUAUGAUGAGCAGCUGGGCCAUCGUCUGCAGUGUGUGGUACCUUCCUCCCAUGUCCAGAGAGGAAGGAGAGGAUGCUGUACAAUUUGCCAAUCGUGUAAAAGCAGCCAUUGCCAGGCAAGGUGGACUGGUCGACCUCCUCUGGGAUGGAGGACUGAAACGAGCAAAAGUAAAGGAUACCUUCAAAGAAGAGCAGCAGAAGUUGUACAGUAAAAUGCUGGUGGGGACCCAAGAGGACCGCAGUCGCUCCUGAAGGACCUGAGUGGACGUGGACUGUUUCAGACCCACUUGGGCACCACUGACUAAAUGGGAACGUCAGCAGCGCUCCCUCUGUGUCGGAGCUCCUGGACUGGAAAAUUCCCUCUCUGAUGUCAACAGUACUCCAUUUGGCUUCCUCGGUCACUGCGUCAGCCUGGCAUGUUCGGUUCGCAUCACUGUUACGGGUCAUUCUGAGUCUGCUGCCCUUCGUUGGAAUAGCUUGACAGAAGCCUCGCUUGCAUUAGAGUGAAAACAUUGUGCGCUCAGAAAUGAAAUGUAGUCUUCCUUGGUGGCAGUCAGUAGAGGGAAAACUUGUAUUAUCAUCUAUCAUUGAGUUCCCUUUUUGUUUGAUAGUUUUGAUUUUAAUUUAGAUUUUACCGUCAUUUUGUAUCAAUGUGUUUAAGUUACAGUUACCUAAUUAGACCGGGGGGGUCAAGAGACUUAAUGUAGAUAAAAACUAGCCUGUUCAAAGGUAAAACCUGUGACCAACUUGAGGUUUUGCAUGACUGGCUCAUGCCCAUUUUGACAAAGGGCAAAGGCCAGAUUUUGUUACAUUUCGGAUAUUUUUAUGGUCUUUUUCCAAAGGAGAGAAACGUUUAUUAUAAGUUUUGUUUUACAUGAAGAUUUGUAUUGGCGUGUUAUAGGGAUUAACAUCACACAAAUGUUCUUGACAUGUUUAUGGGUUUUUUCUGCUGAAUGUGUAAAUGCUCACAUUAUGAAGUGGAAAUGUGCACCCACUGUUACUCUGAGAGGUGAUGGGUUGAUGCUAAAUAUGUCCCUGCUAAUAAUAACUGGAAUAAUGGGGCUGUUAGGGUUUCCUUUAGGAAUUUACUGUGGAUGCUUUCAGCACAACCAGUCUCUUAACUAAAACAAUUCAAUUAAAAUGAGCUCAUGCAUAUUCAGACACACGGACAAACAGACUCAUCAUUUCGCUGGCUUCCUGCUAGCUGCAGUGACCAUCAUGCUUAAUUUAUUUCAAAGGUCUGUUUCAAACAUGUUUUAAGAUGUAGACGUUUAGUAUCAUUUUCUCUUUUCUUCACAAAAAUACUUAAAAUUACACUUCUGGAUUACCCUUCACUAGAAAAUGCAGAAUAUCUGAAUAUGCAAACGUUGGAUUCAGAAGUGGAACUAUUGGACAUAAAAUGUCUUGUACUUCAUAGAAAAGUCCAUUUUCAAUCCUUGUGCACAAAACUUUCGUUUUCCAUUUGUAAGAAAAGUGUAGUAAUGGCUCAGAGAUGGUCAUGUUACAAAUCAUUCAUUUAAAAAAAAAAAACCACAAAACUUGAACUUUGAGCUCAGAAAACUUUACCCCUCUUAACAAAUGAAUGUGAAAUGAGCUUCUAGUAUCAAACUCAAAAAUGCAAAACUAAUCUAAUUUUUAAGGGAAAGGGGUCCUGUAGGUGACCUUUUAAAGUCUAUUGUCUUUAUUUCCUCCCUUGCCAGUGAUCUUUCUCCUACUUGGCUGAGGAGAGAGUGUGCAGCUGUAGCAUGGACACUCCAUUAGCCCCGAGGUGACAAACACAAUGCCUCGUUUCUCUACAGACACUGUCAUCUCUAUAAUUUACUGUAUCAGGGACGGUCAUUUAGGUCAAACUGUCAAGUUUGUUCAUCAAAAUAAAUGUUCACAAAUGUG